AUGGAAGCCGUUAAAGAGACCUCCAAGCCGCCAGGGUACCGCCAAACCUCACCGGAGCAGGUCGUGUGGUCGUCAGUACCAGAUCAUCAGCCAAAAGCCAGCAGCGAGUUCUCCUUACCGGGCAUUCGUACGAUUACAUCUCCUCAGUAUCACAUCGUUUCACCGAGCGAGCGCCAUGGUUCUCCGCAUUCAGUACGAAGCCUGCCUCCGAUCGACCCAGGGUCGUUCGAUCAACCAAGAGCUGAGGACACAACAAUGGGCAGUCCCAUGGAGACGGGGAGUGUUAUGAGCAUGGACGAGCGGGCUGGUCGCAGCACUAGUGCGGUGUCAAUCGGCAGCGCAUCCGCCGCAGAGGUGACAGCGGCGGAAGUGCUAUCGGGCCUCGGAAACCCACGACAUUAUGCUCGUUCGUCCCGAGGUCAAAACGGGCACGUGUCGUCACAUGCAAAUGGCGCACGUGAACCGGAGCCACUGCUAGAGCUUGUGUCGCAAGCGCAUCCAUGGGUCGGAGGUAGCAUCAGGGGAUCGAUGUCGGUAUAUGAGACCACAAAGUACUACUCCCCGCGGAUCGUGCAGUACGGUGUCAACUUCAUGGAGAGGAAUAUAGGCACGCCGAUCGUGAACACUGUUGGCACCGUCGGCACGAUGACGGGCGUUGGAGGUCAGCUGCGACGACAUCUCGACUCUCGUCGGCCGCAAGAUAUCGAAGCGGGAGCAGCUAAGAGCAAUGGAGAUGUGUUGAUGGAGGUCGACGGCGCGGAGCAGCUUCCGCCAUACCCAACGAGCAGACCGCCGUCGUAUCGCGAAGAGCCAAGUCCGCACGCGAUAGACAGGGCACAAGGCCGCCCUGCUGCUAACAGGACAUGGUCAUCGCGAGUCUUUGUCACGACAUCCGGACUUUCGGUCGCAUUGAGCACCACGUCGCGCCAAAGCUUGCGAUUCUGCCUGAAGCUACUGGCCAGUCAAUUCCAGAAUGUGGAGUCACUCACCAAGGCGCUGUCAAUGGCUCUCAACAACUACGAGGAAACACGAAAGCGGGUCCGCGAGAGCCGCGAAGCCGACUUGGAGAAAGGACAGCGACCACCUACCCCAGAUCAAGACGACGACGCUAGAAGGCUGGCGCAGGAGAUCAGGCAGCAUUGCGAUACAAUCUGGAGUACAAUCCAAAACGUGGUCCAAGGCGUGUCGAGAUCUGUCGGCGGCGCAUUACCGCAGAACGCACGAGAGUUUGUGCGCGCGCAGCUCAUGUCUCUGCCUCAGCGAUGGCGCAUAGUCUCUGACCACCAAGCGAAUGUGCCAUCCGAGACCAGCCGCGCUGCACAACGUAUGAUCGACUUCGCAACCGAAGGCUUGGACAUGAUGACUCAAGUCAGCGGUGUCCUGAAAGCGACGCUCGAUUCAGCCGAGCAAUGGCUCGCGACAGUCGGCAGAAGCGACGCGACUGCUCAAGACGAUCGCGCCAUGACGGACGCACCAGCACAACACGAACACAAUGAGAAGUCAUGA